AUGUCCACAGGUGCAAGAAACAUCAGGGCCACAGGUGCCUCUCAGACUGUGCCCCUGUUGAAUUUUCAUGCCAUGCGACAAAAUGUGAAUGAAUCUCAGAGACAAGGUUUGUCCGUUCUCAGAGACAAGAAUUUAGGAGGACACGCUCCCGGCGGUCGUGUGACUGCCAUACCUGCCCCAAGCCCAAAAGUUUCAGACAUGUGUUAUCCAUCCCAGACCAUUAUGGGAUACUCUGCAAAUCACAGCCAGCAUGCGAAUCAGACCUCAGCCUGGUCCAGCCGUGCAUACAAAGGGCUAACUGCUAGUCAGAUUGGCCAAGUGAAGAUAAAUCUCUAUGUAUACGAGCCGACUUGCAAUGCAAAAGGUCAGCCAAUCAUAAUACAUGGAAUCAAGGAAGGAUUACGCGUCAGCUCAGACAUCUCUACUAGAGCUCUUUCCAGGCUCAUUCGAGACACCUUCCACGAUCCGCUCCUUGAAUAUUGUGGAUCAGUUCCAUUCAACGUUGAUGACAUGGUCCUUCGAGAUUCAGGUUGGAUGAAGCUGGAUCCAUACUCUGAGGAGUCAUACUUCGGAGACAUGUUUCUGAAACCUAAUCCUCGCAAGAAGGAUGGCAGUCUUAUCUUUUCCAUGCCAGCCAACGCUAAAAUGCCAAUUUUUGGCCUUGUUUUCAAUCCUAUUGUCUGGAAGGAGAUCGAAGCGCUGCGUGAAAAAGAGCUGUACAAUGGGCGCUCCCACUCCCCAGAAAUGACUGGCCCUACCGCAGGUCUCCUAGCUGGAUUUGGCCUUCAUACCAAACGAAAGGCUUUAGCUAGCCAUGGCAAGGGAAGUCGCAAGGCUGCUCGCAAAGGUUCUGGGAUCAGGAAGGCAUCACCUGUUUCUGUUGAUUCGGACGAUUCUGGCAGGGACUCUAAGGAGGAGGGAGCAGGCGAAGACGAGCAUGCAGAAGAGAAUCCACUGUUCGAAGAUGAGCAUGCAGAAGAGAAUCCACUGCUCAAAGAAGAGGAUACAAUUGCGGGAGAGGGUUGGAACGCAGAGGAACAUGCCAAUGAAGAAGAGCAUGCAAACCGAGCGGAAUCUGUAAAAGCUGGACCUCAAAACGGCGACGCACGCUUUACUACCAGUGUCUCCACCAAGGACCGCACCGAUGCAAGGAACCAGCAGAGACUAUUAGCGCCACUUAGGCUGGCUGCUACCUUGAGCGUCGCAACCUCUAAAAGAGUCUUUUCAUUCAAUCCAGAAACUUUAAGACAGGGAUUUCUUGCAGGUGGGGCUAAAUUGACGGAUGGAAAAUUGGCCAGCAAUCCCUAUUUGCAUGAACCGAUUGCCUUCCACAAUCUCCCGCAGCCCACCUUAGCGGAGCUCAUCGCAGAACCCACCAAGAUGAGGGUCGAUAUGCUCGGGCCAGAUGCGGAGCCCUUCGAUGCUCAACUUCGCUAUGACCCACGCCCAGAGGUAUACCUUGGAGUUGGCUCUUUCAAAACUACAUCUCCCGCAAGGUUGACUUUCAAUGGAUCACAUUAUCCGUUGACUGGAUUAGGGAUGCUGGCUCACCUUGCACAUUCCUCAAACAAAAAGGGGUGCAGUCUUUCUGUGGCUCUUAAACGACCAUAUAGGAGUAAGCGGGGUGGUGGGAUGGUGCGAAUGCCAUAUGCGGAAGAAGAAAGCGCUAUCUUUGAAGAGUGUAAGCUCCUUAUCUGGGCUAACUCGCUUCUGAAGACUGCGUACCAUUUCAUGGAACAUUUCAUGGCGCGGCACCCCUCCGGAAAACCUCCACCAUUCACAGUUUUCCAAUUUCGAUUUGUCGAAGCUGGAAUGGCUAUUGCUCAGAAGCCACUUGAUAACAGUGGUCCAUCGCCAACAACCAAUCGUGCCGCUUACUUGUUGGAAGAGAUGCUUCCAGGAGAGAAGACCGACUUCAUCAAGUACUUGCACAAUGCAAGCGCUGCUUCUGAGCUCUUACCUGAUGAACCUGACUAUGAUCUGGCGGAAUUUUUGAUGUUCAUCCAGCAUGUUCAAUACGCUAUCACUGGAGGUCUCGCUUAUGUCUCAGACUUCCAAGACAUGUCUGGCAGGCAACUUGGUAAUGACCUCUUUGGCGAUGGAAAUCUUGGGGAAGCGUUCAAUCUGUUUCCCCUUCAGCACCAGUGUAACAAGUACUGUGAAUGGUUCGAACUUCAAAAUCCUUUGGAGAUCGCGCAGAUGGGAGACCAAUUAACCACAGGAAACAAGAAGUCAUUGGGAAAGUCUAAAGGAAAGGUCUCAAUUCUUGGAACUCAGUAUAACUCUGAUUAA